UUUUUGAUGCUACGGCUCUUAUCAGCUUAAGAAAAUAAUAAUAAAAUCUCCGCAGACACCUCCCACGCGGCCACGUUUCCCGCCACACUGAACAGACGAGUUCGUCUUCAACCUUUAUCCCAUCCUGCAUUUAAUUUCCAUUUGCUGCCUCGUCCCCUUAUAAAAUCCCGGCGUCCGUUCCAUAACUUUAGCGCAGCAGAAAUACACUCAGUUUGUUGCUGAAAGAAGAAGCUAGAAGAAGAAUUCGACAAUCAGGACGAAGAAGGAGAUGGCUAGCGGAUGGUUUUGGCGGAGGAAAUCCACCCGGAAGUUAGUCGUUGACGGCACGGAGAUAGAGAAGCUGGUUGAAGACAAGGAAGCCUUCAGCAGCUACGUGGAGCACAAGUUUGAGGAGCUCGAUCGGGACCACGAUGGUAAGCUUUCCGUGCGCGAGCUUCAACCAGUCGUCGCUGACAUCGGCGCCGCUCUUGGCCUCCCAGCUGUCGGAUCAUCCCCGGAUUCUGACCACAUCUACACUGAGGUGUUGAGUGAAUUUACGCAUGGAAAGCAAGAGAAGGUGAGCAAGUCUGAGUUCAAAGAGGUGCUAUCGGACAUUUUGUUGGGUGUUGCAGCGGGGCUUAAGAGGGAUCCGAUUGUCAUACUGAGGAUUGAUGGGGCGGAUCUCAGAGAGUUUGUGGAGAGCCCGAGAUUUGAAACAGAGGCCGUGGCCAUUUUUUCUGGGGUUGAAUCGUCUGGGUCUACUUUGCGCACGUGUUUGACAGCGGGAUUGGGACAGAUUACUGUCGAGAACGGGAUGCCGCCGGCUUCUGAUGCAUGGGUUUCUAGCAAUGUUGUGGAGCCUGCUCUGCAAUCUUUCUCUAUUGAUGUUCUUGAAAUGGCUGCUUCUCAAGAGGCGUUCUUGGAUCACUUCAAAAAGCUCUUAUGUGAAAUCAUUCAACGCCUUCAGAAACGCCCUGUUAUUGUUGCACACAGCGAGAACACCUUCGAUGGAAGUGGCAUUAGGAGGCUGUUAGCUAACAAAUUUGAGUUGGGCAAGUUGUUCGAUGAGGCAUGGAAGGACCUGCCAAAGGAUCGCCAUCAUAAAGUGUCAACAGAGUUCCUGCGUAUUGCACUUGAUAAAAUGGCUGCAUCUUCAGAUUUACCUCCUUUUGGUGCUGUUUCUCAGGUGGAUGAUGUUGUGAAUGAGGCAUCAAAGAUGGUAAAUGCCGAUGAAGGGAAGCUUGUGAAUGAAGAAGAGUUCCAGCAGUUGAUGAAAGAGAUUCUUGGAUGCAUUAUGCUGCAACUAGAAGGUAACCCCAUUUUUGUUUCUUCCAACUCUGUCGUUCAUGAGACUCUUAAUUCCCCAUCAACGCUUCUCCCACCAUCCAUGGCAAUACCUCAAGUUGGGUGAUUCAAAUCAUUUACAAGUAAAUAAAUAAUCCAAAAGUGUAUGCAACCAAUGGCAAUGCAAAAUGUAUGGAUGGCAAUAAGACUUUCCUUUCCUCGGGCAAUAAUAUGUAUAAUUGCUAUUUGCAUACUGAAUUUAUGAGAUAAAUAACUUGGA